UUGAUUGCAGCGCUUAAAAUGUCUGGAACCGAGGCUCAUGGCGGUGAUACGAGUCCCACGGGUCAGCCAAGACAGAGUAGAAUUCACAGCGUUGGAUUACCGGCUCGCACGUCCCUGCUUCCGGAACCCCCGCCUACCGGAAACGGUACUCCACCACCGAUUCCACGACGCCAUUCAGCCACACCUGCGGUAGCUCCGCCACCGAUACCAAUGCGAUUACCAGCGAUUCCUAAGCGAAGCAAAAACGAGAAACCUAUACCGAUACAAUCGUUGACGAGACAAGAAACAAAUCUAUCAACCAACGAUCAAACAUCGUCGAUCCUAUCCGCUUCCUGGACUCACGAUUCGAACAAUGAAAAACUGAUCGAUCUGGGUCCGUUCCGGUCUCAAGAUCAAUCGGCUAAUCAAGACUAUACAUUGAGCUUUUCGGAUAAAGAGGCGCGGGAUACGAAUCAGGACAACGAUUUCGUGGCGGAUUUCGAUAAAGCGAACUUUGAAGAGGAUUGCAAGCUCCGUCAGAAGUCGAGCUUCGAGGAGUUGCAGAAAGCUUCUCGCGAUCUUGAGAAGAGGCUGCACGAGAGGAUCGUAAAGAGUGCAGAGUCGAAGUUUAAAGAUCAGCAGGGGGUCAGGGACGGACGUCAAAGGCAGACGGUGAAUCUGCAAAAUGAUAGGUUUCACUCUUCGAAGAUGGAGAAGGAGAACGAUGGAGAUGGCUGCGAGGAAACGGCGAGCGGAAAAUCUCGGGACAAAAUAACCCCGUCUCGAAUGGAGGCUCUGCAGGAGGACGAGACGAAGUUCGCGGCGUUGGUGAGGUCGCGUCGCGAAGUAGAGAAACGAUGUAAGUUCGAGGAACUUCAGGCUGUCUCGAAGAAGCUGGAGAGACGCUUGCACGAGGAGGAUGAUCAUCUUCGUGGAUGUAAAGAGAGAUCCAUCGGAAGGUACGAGGAGCUUCAGAGAACAUCGCAAGACUUGGAGAGACGUUUGCAUUCCGAGCAGAAAUCAUCGGAAGCGAUGGCCCGUGGAAAAUACGAGGCGGAGAUGGAUAGAGCGAGGAAUAUCCUACAGCAUAUUCUACGAAAGGAUAGGAGCUGCGGCGAGAAACUAGAGAAACUGCCGAAGGCAACCCAGACGAAUCUUCCACCGCCUCUGAGCGCAGUUUGUCAGAGUUCAGUGCCGAAACCCAUCAGCGUACGACAGGAUAGUAACGUUUCUUCGGAUAGUUUCAGUCAAACCAGCUCGCCUAGCUACACCAGCAAAACUAUGGAAGCUCCUCUUCUUCCUCACAAAUAUGGCAAGGUUCCAGACAGAGCACUAGUGUCAGAGCCAGACAAUUCGUCGAACAGGACCAUUACAAAAUCAACCAGCACCCCUGCUAGUCUACAGGCAAUUGUCAGAGUUCACGGUGGUAACAACAGCUCGUUACAUCAUAAGAUCAUUAGAGACAUGACGAACAGCCGUUAUGUGACCACAGGGAGGCUUCGACUUAGGUUCGUGCAAGUGUUUUUUAACGCUGUUGCAUUGUUGAUCAUCGCUGGAGGUUUGGCCAUAUACUUCAAAUCGUAUCUGGAGACUGUGAUACGAUUGGAGAACAAAACGAUCUACAGCAACGUGAUGGCGUUGAUGGAACGAACGCCAGCGCCGAUCGAGCAGAAGAAUCCAGCACCGGGAGUCUGUUUACCUGUGAUCGUGACCUUCUGCCAACAUCACAAGGUCCCGUAUAAUUUCACCGUGUUCCCGAAUUACAUGGGUAAUGUCGCGCAGCGCGACGCUCAGCACGUACUCGAGCAUUACGACACCGUGAUCGACGUCAGAUGCUACGAAUUGACCGCCCUCUUCCUGUGCAGUGUUUUUGUGCCGAAAUGUGGAUCACGGGGACACAUCGUGCAACCCUGUCGUAGCCUGUGCUUCGAAACCAAGAGACGUUGCGGCUUUUUCUUGAACGUGUUCGGCCUGACUCUUCCGGACGAUCUGGAAUGCGAUUUGUUUCCGGAAAAUCCGAACCCCGACGAGUGCGUGGGCCACCAAGAGGUGCUGGAAGCAGCCAAGAGAGCGGAGAAACCCAUAUGCACCAGCGGUUUCCAAUGCGAUCGGACCAGGUGCAUUCCGGUUGACUGGAGAUGCGACGGCCACUUGGAUUGUGCCGAUCAUAGCGACGAGAUUGGAUGCGGCGAGUGCACUCUAUCAUCCUCGUCCUCCUCCUCUUCCGUCUCCACCUUCAACACGAAAAUAGUAAAGAAGCCCAUUCUGGCGAAGAACACCGACUCCAAGUCGCCGUUGCAUUGCGGAGAGAGAAGAUGCAUGUCCGCCAGUCUAAUCUGUGACGGCGUAAUGGAUUGCCCCUGGGGUCAGGAUGAACGCUAUUGUUUAAAGCUGAGCAAACGGAACGGGGACAUGGGUGAAGGAAGAUUAGAGGUUUAUCACGCCGAGAUGGGCAAGUUUAUGCCGGCCUGCAUUUCGCAUUGGGAACCAAACUCGGCUAAAACAAUCUGCUCCAUGCUCGGCUACACGGUUGAUGUGUCAUCGAAAUUGAUGGCUCGUCAGUAUAUCAACAACACUCAAAGCGAAUCCAAAAAUCUUCUCAAAGAAUUUCAGGAUUGUAUCACGGAUCAGGAGGUGUAUCCCACGGUGGAGCUGACGUGUUCAAAUUAUGCAUGUGGACGAAGAAAGACGGUUUACGGGAACUCGAGGGUGACAACGAGGAUUGUCGGUGGCGUGGAAUCGUCACCUGGUGAUUGGCCAUUUUUAGCAGCCCUUCUCGGUGGACCGGAACAGAUUUUCUAUUGCGCCGGUGUUUUAAUUGCCGAUCAGUGGGUUUUGACAGCUUCACAUUGCGUUGGAAACUACACUGAUGUAUCUGGAUGGACGAUACAAUUGGGUAUCACUAGGAGACACUCUCACACUUAUCUGGGACAGAAGCUGAAGGUGAAAACUGUGGUUCCUCAUCCGAAUUACAAUUUGGGGGUUGCUCAAGACAACGACGUGGCUUUGUUCCAACUGGAGAAGCGAGUACAGUUUCACGAACAUCUAAGGCCAGUCUGUUUGCCAAGUGCUAAUAUGCAUCUCACGCCUGGGACAAUUUGUACCGUGAUCGGUUGGGGCAAGAAAAACGACACCGAUUCAUCGCAGUAUGAACCAUCUGUGAACGAAGUCCGAGUUCCAGUGCUGAACAGAGAAAUUUGUAAUUCGUGGCUUGCAGUGAACGUAACCGAUGGAAUGAUUUGCGCCGGUUAUGCAGAUGGAGGAAAGGAUGCGUGUCAAGGUGACUCUGGGGGCCCUUUAUUAUGUCAAGAUGAACACGACAAAGAAAAAUGGUUCGUCGGUGGUAUAGUAAGUUGGGGCAUAAAUUGUGCUCAACCAAAGUUACCAGGUGUCUAUGCAUACGUACCGAAAUACGUGCCCUGGAUUAGAAGCGAGAUAGCUAAACACUCUGACAUGGGUAUGGGUUGAUAAAAAAUAACGAAGAUGAGAUCCAAUACUGGCUCGUAAGAUCUAAUUAAACGUAUAAAGUUAAGACAAUAAUUGUUAGCGACAAUAAGCUGUGGGUACUUUCUAGUCGAUGCUCUAAGAAACUUUGUUACCAAGUAUAUACACCUAGUUAGAUACAAUUAUUAUAGUUGUUUGCGUUGAUCUAACUGGCAAAGGUUUCACUUUGUUACGGAAAACGGUGUUCCCUUUUAAAUAGCACAUUUUCAGACGUUGUACCUUCAUCGAACUUUAAAGACAAUACAGAAAAUCUCUGCACUGACAGAUAUUUUAGAACUUGAAAUUUUCAUAAUUUUCAGCUGAAUCAAAAUAGUCGAGGACUUCCUCGUUUCUUAAUAAGAAGAAGAAUCAAUUCUUACGCUCAUCUCAUCCUUUCUUUUUCAGUAACGAUAAAUUCGACAAUAUAAAAGGGCACCUUAAACAAAAAAAAUAGAUCGAUGUGGUUCAGAAGUUUCACGAUUCCUUCAAAGUUAACAGUGUUAUUCAAUUUCCAUUUCCACGCGUUUUCGAGUAUUUUACAAUCUAGUCGAAUGAAACUAGACGACGAACAGGAGGACGUUCCACUUCGAUCAAUUUCUAAACGCCUGUGUGUCUAUGAUAGGAAACCUAAGUAAGAAUGCGAAACAAAGCAACGGUGAAAUAAAUGGAAACAUAUUACGAGGGAAAAAAGCUUCGAUAAAUGAACGAGCUUUCGUCGCCAUUUUCUAGAAAUCAAAGCUCGUGUGUAAUCUAGAAGCGUUUGUAAAUUAACGGAAGCAGUGCGUAGAAGGCAAAAUCUAAUACGAAACGAUCAGACGAAUAUUUCGCAUCAGAUGCGACUGAAAAAUAUAAAAUAAAAAUACAUUUUCUAUCGCCAUGUAUGCGCCACAAAGUGGCGAUGAGUCAAAGGGUGUGCGUUUUUUAUUCGAUUCCAAAUUGGGUAAAAGAUGGAUAGCGUUUGAGAUACGAAUUCGUGAAAAAUAGCAUUAAAAAAUGAAGAAAAAAUAAGUGGAUAAUUUUCUACGAAUUUUAUAAACGCACACCCGGUGUAGGAAAAGUGUCCUACGCAUACUGCAUGAGAUGCACUUAUGUAUUGAUAGGUAAUCAUAACGGUAAGGAUUUAGAAUGUUAACUAUUAUUGAUACGACUAAUAUAAGAUAGAUGUUUGUUAACGUAAAUAUAAUGUUAUGGUAUAUGUACGUGUCUAGAGUUAUAUGUGUUAAUUGUAUACUAAUGUAAAGGCAGAGAAACAUAUACAAAUACGUAUGUAAAAAUAGAUUAUACGAGUACGUGUUAGGAUUGGAGCUGAGCGAAUUUGAUAGCUUAAUUUUCGAAUCAUUAUCUAUGAAAUAUUAUUAAAAAUACAACGUUUUAUAGUAAAAACGUAAUUGUAAUUAAAAGAAAUAGAGAUCGAAUUUCUUCUAAGACAAUAAUGAUAAAUCACACCAAUAUUUGAUUACCAACAAAUAACAGGGAUAAUUAAUCAAAAUUAAUUCAAAUGAACUUGUAGCUCAGCUUCCUAUUUAAAGCUUUGAAUAUAUACGUAUUAAUAUAAUAUCUCAUUUAUGUUUCGAAUGUGAUCAUUAAAGAAUAAGGAUAUUUGAAACAUAAAUGGUACGUUAAGAAAACGAGUGUCGCUUCUAGUGUCACAUUAGCGCAAUGACGAGGAAUUAGAUUAGAUUAUAGGCUAAAUACAUGUUGACUGAAUUCUAGGGACAAUACUCUGCACCAGCACUUUUUUGAUCCGCACCCGCAGAUGGAAAAGAAUAGUUUUUAAUGCGACUAAUACUUUGUACUGGAUGUAUAUUGUUUACGAUGAAAAACUAGGAGCCUUACUAAUUGACUUAGACUUUUUCUAAGCGAUAAGAUUAGCGGUAUUGUUGGUCAGGACAAUAAUAUUUCCACUCUUCUUCACUUUUUUUCAAAAGUUUUUCCAUCGAAUUUCAAUUAAAAUCGAUACGAUUUUUCAAUUUUAAGAAAAAUAUUAUUCUAAAGCCUGAAAAAUAUAUUCUUCUUUCUUCUUCAAUCCAUUUUUGGAAGCCUAACGCUUCUUCUCGCUUCUCAACAUCCUGUUUCGCUAAUUUUCUCAUUCGAAAUUACUAUUUUCAAUAAAAUGCUCAUUGUUUUAAAAAUGACUAUAAAGCUUCAAAAAUUUUUUUGAACUCGUUUCCGGAAGUUCGAUGCUUGUUCUCGCUUUCUAGAAUUCUGGAUCGUUGUUUUUCCUCUUUGAAUAUUUCUUGUUUGAACGAAAUGCUCACUUUGCUACCCCAAAUAAACCCGCGUUAGAGGAUUAAAGUCUUCCUUAGUAUCCAGACAACAGUUAGUUGUAAGCGAGGAGUUAAUGUAAAUUAAUAAUAACCGACAAUGCUGUGUGAGCAGACAAUAAAUAAUAUUAGGAAAUGAUCCAACAUGGACAAUAAACUAGCAUAUAAGCAUUCUAGGGUAAUAUAAUUUUAAGCGUAAUAUUUAUGGUGACUGUUGCAUAGUUUUCUGUUUUGUGUGUGAAUGCGAGUGUGUGUUGUUGCGUUUCGAUUGUUAUUAGCUGUAUGUUUAAAUGAUAAUCUAACACGUUGACUGUCGUAGUGAAGAUAGAAUAGAUAAUAUAAAUUAUGCUAUCCUUGUUUUCUUUGAAUAAUUAGUUGAUUAUAUUACAUUCGAAACCUUUCUCAAAUAAUUAAAAAAUGAAAACAGCAGAAUAUUUCUAAAUUGGUAAAUUGAAGCAUUGUAUCAAAAAAUGAAUUUUUAAUAGAUAUAAUUGUCUCUACUGUGACAGUCAAGAUGUUAAGAAGUGGCGGAUGUAAAUUUAACAAUUUUAGAGACAGACAGAUAUUGAGGAACCUAAAUUCUAAAAUAGAGGUGGCUAAAAUAUUUCAAGCCUUCAAACAUUUUACGUUUCACGAAACGUAAACUGAUUCUAAAAAAGAAAUAUCUAUGUUCGAAUUAAGUUCCAGGAAUUAUUUCUUUUUUGACCAUAGUAUCCGGCAGCGAUUGUAUCGAUAAAUAAAAUAGUAAACCUUUAACGUAAGCUUCUGCCCGUCAUAGUACUUCAAAUAAUUUACAUAAAUCUUCGUUAGCCCGCGUGCGAGUAUAAAGAGAAGAGUAUUAAACGUACCGAAACGAUGAAGUUAAAAAUCAAAUGGACAAUCAGGAUUUUUAGAAGGUGUUCGAUGAUAUUUUUCUAAACUGACGAGGUGAUGUGAAGUACCUAUACUCUGAACAAUCUCUUCAUUUUAUUCCAUACAAGAUAUUCAAAACAAACCAUAAAUGACAAAUAAUCGUAUGUUUAUUUAUCAGAAACGGCAAUCGUAUUAUAAUUCUAUGUUACUAUGUCAUAUUUAAUUUAUGAAUAUUUUCAUAAAUAUUCCUUAUGAUCAAAGAGGAUAGGUAUUGUGAAAAGAAUGAACGUGAAUAGAUAGUGUUCAGUGUUUAAAGAGCGUGAAUUAAACGACGGUUUUUGUUUCAUGGAUAAUUUAAAUGGUUUUCUACGCGCAAGUCAAUACUUGUAGUCAAUACUUUAGGAGUAGGGAUAUCGUGUUUUCACAUGUAGGUGAUGGUUGUAAAGUUUGUACAUGUUAAGUAUGUGAAACCUUCGAGUAAACCUUUUUCACUUCAGUUAAAUACUUGUUACCUAGGGAUACUUAUGGUGUCCUAGGAAAUCCUGUGGCUACCUAUCAAGGUAUAAGAGUAUUUAAUGGGUGCCCAGGGAUCCCUAUAGCUAGUUAUGGAAGUCUGGGAAUACCUAUGGAGACUUAGGGAUCCCUAUGGAUACCUAGGGAAAUAUUGCAGUAUCUAAUAGGUACCUAGGUAUAACUAUGAAAGCGUAGGGAUCCCUAUGGCUAUGUAUGGAGGCCUGAGGAUCCUUAUGGGUACCUAGGGAAAUAUUGCAGUACCUAAUAGGUACCUAGGUGUAACUAUGAAAGCCUAGGGAUCCCUAUGGAUAUCUAUGGAAGCCUAAGGAUCCCUAUGAAUACCUAUGGAGAUCUAGAGAACCCUAUGGAUACCUAUGGAGAUAUAGCAAGAUCCAAUAGGUACCUAGGGAUUCCUAUGGAUACCUACAAAAACCUAGGGAUCUUUAGGAGUGCCUGUAAGUGUCAAUGGGUGGAUAUGGAAGCCUAAUUUUUAGAAUACUGAUAAUUACUUUGACUCGAGGGUGACACUAAAUGCUGCGCACAAAAUACCGGUGUCAUUAAGGAAGAAUCUUCUUCAGAAAAAAAGACUCGAAAGCUGGGUCUUCGAAAGAUAAAAUUACGGAACUGCGUAACUACUCCUGUGAAGUCAAUGUCGAUUAGCGAGCUAUCCUAACGAUAAACUGUAUUCAAUUAUCGAUAAGAAAUGCUACUCGUAAGCUGUUUAAUAACGUAGUAUAUUCUUGCAUAUACACGUUAGAAAUAUAUUUGUAUAUCUCGAAGGGUUUACACUCGAACGUAAAAACAGGCUAAUCUUAAGCGAGAUGAAUUCUAAGGAAAGAAUUGCGAAAGAAACGUAUCUGACGAACAGCUAUAAUGAACGAUAAAUUUAUGAAAUAUUUAGAAAUAUUUAUGAGAAUGCAAAGAAACGUUGCCAGUAUACAAUCGUUACUUGAGCUUGAAGGUAUUAAAUCAACGAUCACUCGAGCCCGAGCCGAUCAAAUUAACGUCAAUUCGACAUUUCCGUAGAGAAAGAAAUGAAGAAAGUAAAAUUGUAAGAAAAGCGACAGGAUGAAUGAAUAUUUUGAACGAUUCGACUCGUGUUUGAUGGAUCACAAUUUAAAAUAAUCUGCUCUGAGAUCUUUCUUUUGAAAAAACAUUAUUUUCCAAACGAUAAUUAAUAUCACAAAGUACUUAUAAAACGCUUCGUUUCAGCUUUUGACAAUUUAAAAAAGAUUCAAUUAAUAAGAUCAAAUUUUCACCAAUUAAUUUCACUGUUUCUUUGAAAGAUCACGAGCAAUCCGUAAGAAAACAUAUAUACAGGGUGUUCCAAAAAGAAACGACGUUUUCUUUGAAACAGCCUGUAGACGAAAUAUUACACCAAGUACGUAUAUACUCGUGUAAUUAACCGCGUGUUGAAUACGCAUUUAUACGCUACGUGUUUCGUCCCGUGUUCUGUUCACCAGAAAUCGUCCAUCAAAGAAAUUAUUUACAACGAAAGGAAAAAACAAUCAUAGUAGUCGUACGAUCGCAACAAUAAAUUGUUUAAUCCUAGCCUAAUAGACCCAGUUCAACUAAUUGUUACCAAACGAUGAUAGUCGAAUAGAACACGGGGUUGUUUAAAUGUGAUUGCUUCUUGUGCCCGGCACAAAUCCUAAUCGUACAAUCAGUGGUCUAUAUAUACAUUAAAGAAAAUUGCUAUGUUUGCAGAAUUAUCGAGUAAUUAUAAAAUAAGCGAUUAGAAAGGUAAAAUGAUAAGUGAAACGUGUAUAUUAAUUAACUGGUAAGCUGAUGUUUCUAUGUUGUGUAUAUGUUGCAUAGAUGUACAUAUAUACAUGUAUACACGCACGCAUACGUAUAUUUAUGAUGUGCAUACAACAGUACACGUAUAGACAAUGCUGAGUCUAAAUAAGCUUUUCAGAAGUCAAACUGAUUGAUUAAAUUUUUGUUAAUUGAAUGCAGGAUUUUUUAAUAGGCCAAACCAUUAUUCCUUAUAAGGUUUGUAUCAAAUAUUAAUUACCACUAAAAAAAUUAGUAAUUCGGAAAACUAACAAUUUUAUAAUGUAGUUAGGUAAAGUAAAAUUUUCAAAUAUAAUUUUAUCAAUUAUCAUUUUUUUUUUUGAAAUAUUAAUUUUGCAAAUUUUUCUUUUCAUUAGCUUGACUUCUGUGAUGCUUUCUUAAUCGUAGGUAAAUAUACCCCACACGUUCUGUGUCACUGUGAUUGGUACCAUAGACUUAGAUAAGUGUUGUAUCUAUUAUAUUAGACGUGUAAUUAACGUUAACACGUUGACAGUCCUGGUGGACACUAUAAAUUUAAUAUAAUCGAAUAAUAAAAACGGAAUGAACAGCAGUAUUAUUAUACGAAGUGUGUAAAGUAGCAAAUUGAAAAAUUAAAUAACUGUAUUCUUAUAAUUGCGAUUAUAAUUAUUCACAUUUUUACCGUGGCAGUGAACGUGUUAACGAAAGACAGAGACAGUCAUUGCCUGUCGAUCGCUUGAACGCGAUUUGCUUCGAUAUUUCGCGCUUAAAAGGCUUAAGAAUCUUUGAUUAAUUAUUUUAUGUUAUUCUAAAAUAAAUUUUUCAACACUCUUUCAUGUUUUAGCUUCAGCAAACAGCUUCAAAUUUAACUUUUGCUCUUAAAAAGAGUCUUUAAAAUGGGUGAUUAAACAGCUUCUAUAGGCAUUAACAGCUGCAUUAAUGAAAUUAGGAUGGAAAUAAACGAGAAACUUGUCGCGAAUAUUGUUUUGAUAAGACAUAACGCUGUUAGAUUCGAUGCUUGCACUGCCUAUCAUCGUGAAAAAUGACUGUCCUCUGGCGUGGAUACCGCACAAUAAACAAUGUUGUUGCAUAUAUCGCUGUUAACUACCCAUAAAAAUUAAAA